UACGGGGUACACAACAAAACACCCGUUCACUCUGUUCGUCCGUCAUUUACCUGAUUAUUUGAUAAGUUUUUGCUGUUUAAAUUGCAUUAUCAGUAUUGAGAUUAAGGAAGUUUUUGAAGGGUAGAUCGCGGUUUAUUGGUGGCUGGAAUUAUGGCAACUGAGGAGACUUUUGAACAGUUUGAGGACGAGGAGACAGAGCUACCGAUUGGAGGAACUCUCCCCGGUGGUAGGAAGCGUCUGUUUUCCAAGGAGCUUCGAUGCAUGAUGUACGGGUUUGGAGAUGAUCAGAAUCCUUACACGGAGAGUGUUGACCUCCUGGAGGAUCUCGUCAUCGAGUACAUCACUGAGAUGACCCACAGAGCCAUGGAGAUUGGGAGGACUGGGCGAGUGCAAGUGGAGGACAUCGUUUUCCUCGUGAGAAAAGACUCGAGGAAGUACGCGAGGGUGAAGGACCUUCUGACAAUGAACGAAGAGCUGAAGAAAGCAAGAAAAGCGUUCGAUGAAGUCAAAUAUGCAGACUCGCAUGGCUCCAGGGCAUGAAGUUAAUGCAACAAAUUAUGAAAAAUCUCAUUAGUAAAUCUAUUCUAUGUUCGUUAAAAAAUAAAAAUGUAUAAAAUUCUCACGAAAUAUCAUGAACGGCCUGUUUCGCUGACAGAAUAACGUCGUUAAGGCCAACGCCUUGAUAAGAGGAGCCACAGAGUAUGAGAGGCAUUUUAUGAGCAGUGAUAUAAUUGCGUAUUCUCUUGAGUCUCUCCUCGUGGCCAACGAUAUACUGAGGAAUGCAAUUCUCAAGAAUUUGGAAGUGACUGUCCGAGGGGUCGACCUUUAUGCCGAGAAUUCUUCUCAAUUGCUCUAGUGCCACAGUCUCCAUGUGUGCUUGCGAUGAAUUAACACCGAAAUAUUCGUCGAACCAUGCACCGCCCAUCAUUACUGUCAGUACCUGUAAGAUAUUUAAAAGUUGAAUAAUUCAUUAAUUUAAAUUCGUUUUAUAAUUCCUGUCGAUGAAUAAAUGGAUGUGAUUUUUAUCA